AUGGCGACCGUAGCUGCUGCUCCUCCCGUUCCUACUACUACCAACAAUAACACCGAAACCCACAAGAAGAACAGGAUUCAGGUUUCCAACACAAAGAAACCUCUUUUCUUUUAUGUUAAUCUCGCUAAGAGGUACAUACAGCAGCACGAUGAGGUUGAGCUCUCUGCUCUUGGAAUGGCUAUAACUACAGUUGUCACAAUAGCUGAGAUUUUGAAGAACAAUGGACUUGCCACUGAAAAGAAAGUUUUGACCUCAACAGUUGGCAUGAAAGAUGAGAACAAAGGUCGUCUGGUCCAGAAGGCAAAGAUUGAGAUUGUGCUGGGGAAAUCUGAGAAAUUUGAUAACCUGAUGGUUGCUGCCAACACAAGUGAAUCACAUCAACCAGCUGGUAAUGAUGACAAGAAAUGACAAAUAUAGAGAGAGAGAGAAAGAGAAGAGAGAGAGGAGAAGAGCCAUGUCAA